AUGCAGCAUUCGGCCGUUAGAGAGGCCCAAGGCGAAGAGGGGCAUUGGCUCAUGACCCACGCCUCCCAAAUACUCCUCAUGGCCGUCAGCACGUUCGUUUACACCCUAUACAAAAAGGUCAUCGACGAGUUUGCCGACUCGGUCGUAAAGCUAUUGAGUGUUCUCGUGGUCGACCUACAGGAGCUCAAAAGAUGGUUCUCGCCCAAGCCCAAGCCCCUCAUCCGCCCUCCCGUGGUGCCCCGCCCCAGCCCUCCAUCAUUCAUGCGCGACACGCUCGAGUUCGAGAAGAAGGGCAAAAGUGUCACGCCAACCACACUGCGCCAGUCGCUCAAGUACGCCGACGUGGCGGAUGCGGCCGGUGCGAAUCCCAACCCGAUCAAGCGCGCCGGUGACGCGAUACUCGAGAGCGGGAUCGAGCAGCUGCUCGCCAGUCUUCAGCCCGACCACAUCAAGCAGGUCUGCGCGGUGACGCACACAUUCGGCGGCGACUUGGCGCAACUGCGCGAGGCCAUCGUGGCCCAGUACUUGGCCUCCGGAGGCGGCAGCCUCGCGCGCUUCAUCGAGGAGUGCCCGGCCCCGCUGCAGAGCGCGUUUCAGCGGGUCCUGCGGCUCAAGAAGAACGCGCGACACACGGAAAUGGUCUACUUCCUUCUCAGCCAAGGCGCCAACGCAGAGCUGGAGACCAAGCGAGGCGAAACAGCCAGUUCGAUGGCGCUACACUGGGGCCACACGGAAGUGGUGCAGGCACUCGACAAUUGGAUCCGCCAGCAGAAGCGCGAUCGCGAAGCCCUUAGCUCGUCAUCGUCGCUGUCCUCCUCGUUCCUGGCCAACCUGUGGAAGCCCAUCCGCAAGGGCUCCGCCGACACAACGCCGCCCAAAGGCAGCAGCAAGGAGGCCGCGGCUUCCACGAUCGUGCGGUCGAGCACGUCGCCGCCGUUGCUGACGGGCUCGUCUUCGCUCAUACCGACCAGUAGUACUCCGGCCUCCAGUUCUUUGCCGUCGACACCGCAGGGUGCGCGCACGCCCACGUCACCGCCCAUCAGCAUCCUGUCGUCGUUCAGCCCGUCGACGUCGACGUCGACCUCGUCGUUGUCGUCGACAUCAUCGCCGCGGUCCACGCCCGAGUCGUCGUUGGUGCGCGAGGAAGACGACGACGAGCAGCACUUCAGCGGGCUGCCGCCGGCGGAGGGCAGCGUGAUCGACGGCAACCGCAUCUCGAUGACCCACGAAGAGUUCAACGCCAUUCUCGCCAAGGAGGAGCAGCGGUACCGCGACAAGGAGCGCGAGCUCCGCGCGCGGCUGCAGCGCGAUCAGGAGAACAAUCUCAACCGAUGGCUGACCUACCUGGCCAAGAAGAAGAGGAAGAAGAAGGACCGGGUGGACACCAUUCAAAUGCUCCGGCAGCAGAACGCCACUCUCCAACAGCGCAACAAUGAGCUUCGCGAUCGCGUGCUUCAGCUCGAGAAGGAGCGCAAGGCCUGGGUCACCUACGGCCAUGGUCUCUUCUGCCCGACGCCGGCGUCGCAAGGAGUGGAGGGCGGGGAGGCUCCGCUCGAGUGGUUGCCCAUCAACGCCAACCUCGACUAUUUUCGCAGCGUCGAACCCUAUCGACGCGGACGCUGGGAGGGCGUUUGUCUGCUGAAGGGAAGAGGCCCGAACGCGACCACCUACACCAUCAAGACGGCGCUGCUUGCGAGCCGACAGGGCGAGGAGGCGGCGCUGGCGCUCGAGAACGAAGUGGACUCGACGCUGUUCCACCUUCCGCCCCACCCCAACGCGCUCAACGCCGUGCUCGCCUUCACCGACUCCCUGCCUGCGGCCGUAGCGGCCGAGGACUGGCCAUCCCUGCCCAAAAGCAAGAAGGAGGUGAGUCGCAGCGCCAAGUUCUUUGUAUUCGAGGACCUGGAGAACUACACGACGCUCCAACGAGUCAUACGACAGCGCAAGCGCAAGACCGGGUCCCGGCUCAACAACAACCAGCAGAGGGAAGGCGAGGAGACCACCUCGGCAACUUCAUCGUCGUCGUCAUCAUCAUCGCCUCGACGCCACCUGCUGCAGCAGCCGGUCUACCUGCUUCCACCCAAGCACAUCGCGUUCCUAGUGCUGCAGCUGCUGGAGAUGGCCAACCACCUCUACAGCCACGGCAUCGUCCACCGCAACCUCAGCCCCGCCAACAUCUUCGUGCGAUCCACGGCCGCCGCCGCUGCCAACAACGCCAACCGACGAGACGACACCGACAGGAAUUCCACAAAUGCCAAGAAGAAGAAGAAGACGAAGAAGAAGGAGCAGGGUGACGGCGACCACAUCGCCACGCGGGCGCACAGGAGGUCGCGAGAGGCCGAUGCCAGCCCCGGCGACCCGGCGGGCGAAGGGGUCCUGGAUAUUGUGCCCGUGGACGGCGUGGAACCGGUGGAAGAGGGUGACGAUGCGUCGUCGACACGAGCAACGAGUGCCAACGUGGCAUCACGAGAUAGCGAGGAUGAGAGCGAGGACGAGGACGGUGAUGUGGAACUGAUCGACGUCAGCGCCAACGAGACCGGCGACAGCAGUGGCCAGGACAUCUAUCGACUGCGGGUCGGCAACUUCAGCGAAAGCAUACAGGUCAUGAAGCUGCCCUACAGCUCUCGGCUCAUCUCGUUGGGCUCUUCUCCCUCCAGCAUCUACCUCGCCCCGGAAGUGUCAUCGGCGCGUCCGGGAAGAGGUAUGAUGGUCGACUAUCGGAAGCAAGACGUGUGGUCCAUCGGCGUCAUCCUCCACCAGCUCAUCUACGGCCGUAAACCCACCGCCGAGUCCAUCGACGCCCUGCUCGACCAUCACCACCACCUCGACGAAGGCCAAGCCGCCGCCCAGACAAGCCGACACACCCUCCGACAUCCACUCAAACAGCCGCGUCAUCAUCAACAGCAUCAACAACCGCGACAUUCCAGAGAUAGCGAUGAUGAUGACAAUGGAUGGACAACGACCGCGCUCGACGUGCUGCUGCGUCGACUUCUCGAGCCGCGCGCGAGCGAGAGAUUCUCGGCGUCGUUCGCGCUGCUCUUCCUGCGCUUCGCCCUCUUCGGGCCCAAGCAGCGGCCCAUGUGGCGCACCCACGAGCAGUGGGUCGCGUGGCUGCGCGAGCGACGGCGCCUGCGGCCGCACCCCUUCUACGGCGAAUGCAUGGCGCGCGGAGGCACGCGGCUGCUCAAGAAGACGACGACAUCAGCUGCGGCGGCGCUAGACGAGGCCGGCAACGUUGUUGAUACGGCGGGCCAAGGCGUAGUUGAAGGUGGCGACGUAGAUGGUGGCAACGACGACUACGUGCCGCGCUACCUGGAGUGGCAGCACACGCAGUUCGUGUGGAGCGCCACCCCGGCCGACCUGCUUGACGUUGUCUCCUGCUUCGAGUCCUCCGCGUAG